UCCCCCCUGCCCCCGGCUCCACAGCGGCCUCUCCCGGCGCGGUUCCCCGGGGCAGGCGCGCUGACCGAGGCCCGGGCCCGGGGCCUGGCUCCUGGCUCCGCCGGGGAUCCGCAGGAUGUCGGUGCUGAGCCCGGUGCAGAUUAAAGAGGCGAACGCGCACCUGGCGGCCGUUCAUCGCCGGCUGACGGAGCUGGAGCGCCGGCUGGAGGCGGCCGAGCGGACGGUCCGGGAACAGGCCGAGCGGCUGAUGGGCAAAGACCGGGAGCUGCAGGCCGCAGUCAGGGAGCUGGCGCAGCGCAAGGACCGGGAGAUGGUGGACGUACAGGAGAAGCUGCAGGACUGUGAGGGGACGGUGCAGAGGCUGCAGCUGCUGAUGAAGGAGAAGGAUGAAGUAAUUGCCCAGCUGAGGCAUCGCAGUCAACUGCUCGAUAAAAUCACUCGCAGCCGACCCCUCCUCGACAAUCUGCUGUCCUACAUGGCUGAAGCUGAACACUCACAGAGCAUCCAUCUUCCACAGCCCAGCUUCCCUGAACACCAAGCAGACUGCCUUCACUCGGGCACCAACGGGUUAAUGAAUGCCAGCCCCAGUGACCGGAAUUUCUCUGUCAGUGAGGAUGACACUGAGGAACUGGACCAAGAUGACUCGAUCUUUGGGACCACAGUUUAAACCUUCACCUGAUCCAGGUUGAGGGAUGCUGGGAAGAGCCUAUAAGUGCCUGUUAAUUUUGCAGAUGUGGGAAACCACGCUGAAACCUGUGAUCAUGAAGCAUCGUUUCAGAAACUGGAAGCUGAGAGCACUGUGUCACUCUGUGAUCUGAUUGUUGGAUUUGCUGAUAUUGGGAUUUGAUGGUAGUUAACUCAAUGUAAAGAAUAUGGCCUUUAGAACAGUGGACUAUUGACACUGUUUAUCAAUUUCUUGAUGCAGUAAGAUAUUGGUGUUGGGGUAGCUGUGGUUUCAGGCUUGGUUUAGAACACCAUGAACUUUGGUACAAACGCUGGGAGAAGUGACGACGUUCUCAUAGAGCACAACAGGUAAACCCUGGCUAUAGCCUCCUCCCUUUCUCUGUCUCUCCACGUUUUGGAGUUUAUGGAAUGUCCCUGAGUUUUUAGUGGGUUGCAAUGUACAUUUGUAUGAUUGGCAACCAUUUGCAGUACUGUAAUUGUUAUUUCCAUGUUGGGAAUCCAGCCAUUUGCUGGCAGGUUGAUGGAGUAGUUCUGGCGCAUUGUUCUUUGUCUUCAGGACCUGAGUUCAAAGCCAGCCCAAACCGACUGAAAGUCUUUGCUAUCCAGCAUGGUAACGUGUCUGUUUAAAGAUUCUCCUGUUAAUUCUGGUUGGCAGUGAUGAACAUCUGGGCUGCUUGAACUGUUGGAGAUUGGGAACCACCUGAUAUCCAGCCAAGCACACAGAAUUUAGUACUUUGUUGUGUCUGACCUGCCCCUGCUGAUCCUGCCCAAAAUGGCUGCUGCAAAGUGGAGUGCAGUCAUUGCCUACUUAAAUAUUGGAUUCUGUUGUCUCUCUGUUAUCAGGAAUUUAAAUUCCUUUAUCCCCCACAUGUAACUGGAUAUCCAGGGGUGGUAUUUGGGUGAGGCUGUGGAUUGUUCUGUUGUGCCCCUACUGCCCAGCACUUUUCCAGAAAUGCAGCUGGCACCAUGUAUACGAGUGUGCAGGUGACUUCCUGUGAAGUCAUAGCAGUAGAACAGGAGCAGCCAUGGAGGUGGUUGGCUACUUGACUAUGAACUAUUUAGCUCAUCCAGCCAGUCUCAUAAAAUGGCUGCUGUGUUAUCGGGAUGUAUAACAGUAGAAAGUACAUCCUACAGCAAGUUCCUGCAGCAUUUGCACCUGAAUUCAAAUCCUGCUGUAACCCUCAGCAGGUUCUCCCAAUAGGACUGUGCAAUUGAUAUUGUUUCUUUUCCCUCUUGCUCUCUCAUUGGCCAUUGUGCGCCCAUUUUGCUGGAGACUGAUUUACUUUCUCCGCACACCCACGGCCUUUCCCUCGCUUCUCAGAUUGAUACAGCAAAACUUCAGCUGGUUUCCUGGAUUCUGCAUUGUACAAGUGUUGCAGGAGAACUCAAUGUUGUGAACACGUGAUUCACUGAAGUAACUGGCGACAGGUUGGUAAUGCUGGUUAACUGCACGUCUCUUUUUAUACACGUCUCUUUUUUUUGAACUGAAACAGCCUGCAGUCAGAGGUCUGCUUCUCUUUUAAUAACAGGGAAUGAACAGGAAGUUCCAUCCUUGCAUUAUAGGUCUCUUGAAUGUGAUAUCAUUCUGACCUUGGGCCCUUGAAACCAAAUAAAACUGGGUGACUGUCCCAGAGCAAGUGGGUCAGUAAACUAAUCGUCAGUCAGUAGAAUGGACAGAUUGUUUACAUAUUUUGUGCAGAAAACCCUCUGUAUUUAUCCCUGAAGCAAUGCCUAAGUCAGACCACCUGUUCCUUAUCAUGCUGCUAUUACAGGCAUUUUGCUGCAUGUGAAUUAGCUGCUGACUUUCCUGCCUUUGGCAGGAACUUCAAAAGUACUUUCCUGGCUGGCGAGUGUUUCAACCAUCCUAGAUCCAUGAAAGCCCCUUUAUAAAUGCUGUUUCUUUCCUCCGUUUGGUGUUGCAGUGAGCUCCCCACAGUCACCCGGUUACUUCUCCGAUUGGAUUGAAUCCUGCCUUCCACAAGGCAGCUCGGCUUGGGAACCCGAUGAAUCGGGAUAAGUGCCACCUUCCCUAUGUAGAGUUGCUUGUCAUUGCUAUGCCGCAUUACAUAAGAUGCCUUUUUGGCGAUGCUGAAUAAAUAUGAAAUCCGCAUGUCCCCAACACUCCUCCCUUUGAAAGUUAUGCACUUUAUUCCAUCUCAGUUGCACAGCAGUGGUCUGACCUCUGGCUGGACAAGCAAUCUGCAACUUACCAGGCAUCCAGUUAUCCACAACGUAAUAAAACUCUUGACAGUCCACUCACUGAUUGUUUGGCAUCUGGUUUACUGCCUGAUGUUUCCUGAGAACCUUAUAAACUCACGGGGGCCCUAUUCCUGUGCUCCAUAUAAACUGGCAGGGUUCUGUUCCCCAUGCUCUCUUUAAACUUGCCUGAACUUGAUGAAAUGUUUAUUAUACUAAAUUUAUUACAUCCAAAAACAUAGUGAAUUAAAAGGGUGUGUGGGUGUUAGUAGAGACGACAUCCAACAGUUUGGAUAAUCAGCCAGUCCAGCACCACCAAAGUCCUGAGGGUGGAGUUUUACUGUAGUGUUUCAGCAGAUGUGAAACUGUGACGUGCUGGUGCUGGUACUGGUCCUCCCCAGGUUAAUUCAGGGUGCAAGUCGGAAAUGCAGCUGGCUGAUCCAUCCCACCAGUUUCCCAAGUGCCCGUCCGUUUGGAUGGACUGUACAAAAGUUGGGUGUUUGUAGCUUGGGGAGGACCUGUAUUUGUUGUGACUGAUUUGCAGUGUGCACACUCAUUCCACUGGACUCUGUCUCCUGUAUAGCCCUGAUUUGGUUUGUGGUGGGACUGAAGAUGUCCUCACCUGCGUCAGCUGAGGCUUCAUUUGUGGAGGUGAACACAUCAUUUAUGAAUACAACAGCAUCUUGUUGGGAAAUAACUCAACACAGCCUCCUUGCAGUGAAGAGUGUACUAACUUUCCUACAGAGGAGGCCUGACACUCAGCCGAGGUACAGUUCUGCAUUAUAGGUGGCGUGCCAUUUUAUUGUCACUGCCCAUUGAGCUACGGAUCUUGCAUCGAGAUAAGGACUGAGGCAUCUGGGAACCUUUUACAAGCGGUGACGUGCCUAGAUAUCUGCCUCCUAACACACUCCCCAAUCUAGUUCAUGGUAACUGGUGAGGAAUUCCAGAGUAACAUCUGAUGGGAGCUGAGGGUGAGGGUCAGUGACAGUUGCUUUUUGCACAUGCUCUGUUAGUCCUUCUUUCCCCCCCCCCCCCCACCCCACCAACAAAAAAAUACCUGGAGGAAGUGUGCAAUCACACCGUGGUCUGUGUGUAAAUUGCUCCUUUAAAAAUAUUCAGAACUAUCUAAUCACUGCUUAGAGCUAUGCUAUUGUCAAUUGAGUCGUACUUCUAUAACCAUACUGUGUGUAAUCACUGAUCCUGUAGUAUAUCUAUAAUCUUCAAAAUGACUAAUAGUUUCUAACAUCCAUAUGGUUCCAUUAUUCCGUGUAAUCACAUAAUACAUAAUAAUCAUUCUAGCAUAGACAAAGUUAACAAUCACUCUGAAAUCAUUAUUUUCUAUAUAACCAAAAUCUAGAUUAUAAUUUCCCACGUAAUCAUUCCCUAAGAACCAUAGCUACAUAAUGCUGGAAUUUCACUAUUGUAUGAAUCUGCUGUAACUCUGUUUUGCUUCAUUUAUUUCGCCAGCUCUCUUGAUAGUUUAAAAGGUGGAUGACUGCAGCCAACAGCUUUAGGCUGGAGUGACUUUCAAAACACAGUGAGCUAAUUUGGCAUGUUCUCUGAAUUUAGCAGCUGAACAAAAAGAUUCUUAUGUCCAAGGGUUUUGCAUUGUUUUGUUUUGUUUAGGUCUGUGUUCAGAUCCCCGUGCUUCACUGCAGUAAUACAUCAAAACUCAAAUGCAUGUUAGCUUGAAAACCAUUCUGAAGUACCUACUGCAAACAUCAGCACUUGGGUUUGAGGAGAAAGCAUUCAAGGUAGCAUAAGUUUGCAUAUAUCCAGUAGUGGAAUAGUCAUGGGAUAGAAGAAGAAGCAUGUUUUAAUGAUUGUCUAAGUCAUGUUUGUACAAAAUAUAAGGUUUUGUUUGGAGGGAUUUGGAACAAUGAUGAAAAUUCCUUUUCUGAAGUUUGCUGGAUGAAUGUAUCACACUCGCUCAGGGUUAUUUUUGAUCAUUGUUUGUAGAUAGAAAUCUGGUACGUUGGUGCCUUUUAUAAAACUAUGCAAUAACUUUAUAAAUGAUUUUUGUGAGUUCCUGC